CUCACCCGCCGCUCCACUGCUUCCCGCAGCCCCAGUGACAGACGGUGCCGCCGUCCCGCAGUGCCCGCCGCGGCCUCGGAAGACCCAGCCCACACUCGCUGAUGAGCUCCAUGAACCCCAUGAAACCCUCGCUGCCGCCUGCGCCCCACGGUGAUGGUUCAUUUGCAUACGAGGCUGUUCCUUGGCAACCAAACACCAAUCAGCCGCCGGGAUCCCUCUCCGUGGUAACCACUGUCUGGGGUGUCAGCAACCCCUCCCAGAACCAGGUUUUUGGCAGCCCCAUGGGCCCUGGGGGGAGCAGCUCCAGCACCCCGUUGCUGCCUGGCAUGGCAAGCACCGGCUCGGGCGUGAGCUCACCACCGUUCCUGCCACAGCAGCCCUUUGCUGAGGGGGCACCAGGGAAGGGCUAUGUGCAGCCAAGUGUCUAUGGCCGCAAUGCCUACCCCAGCGGGCCAGGCUUCGCUGCCAGCUACAAUGGUGGCCCGAGUGGCCCGGGAGGGAUGGGGCUCCCCUCGCACGCCAGCCGGGCCACUGCUGAUUUCACCCAGGCUGCAGCUGCUGCUGCUGUGGCCGCAGCUGCUGCCACGGCCACGGCCACGGCCACAGCCACGGUGGCAGCGCUGCAGGAGAAACAGAGCCAGGAGCUGAGCCAGUACGGCGCGAUGGGCACAGGGCAGUCUUUCAGCAGCCCGUUCCUGCCCCAUGCCGGGCCUCGUGGCCCCAACAGCAUGAGCCCGGCUGGCAUGGCAGGUGUUGUUGCCCCCUCCGGUGUCUCCCCUGUGAGCAUGAGCCCAGUGCGAGCACCCGGUACUGGCCCGCUCUAUGGUGGGCAGCGAGUGCCUCAGCACACCUACCCUGGCUCUCCCCAGAGCCAGCAGCUGCCCCGCCAGGGCCUCAAGCGGGCAUACUCCAGUGAGGGGUACCCAGCACAGCAGUACCUCCAGGGCGGGCAGUACGCUGCAGCUGGUACCCAGUAUGCCCCCAGCGCCCCCCAGUCCUCCGCUCCGUCCCCCUCAUACCCUGGCCACAGGCUGCAGCAGAGCAUGGGCCAGUACCUCUCCGCUUCAGGCAGUGGUGGACCCUAUUACAAGCCAGCUGACCAGUUCAACGGGCAGAGCGCCAGUUUCAGCACCUACAGCCAAGCAGCCAUCAAUGGGCCGGGCCGGUCGCUGCCGGGGUACCCCAGCUCGCCGCUGGCCGGGAACCCCACACCGCCCAUGACGCCAGGCAGUGGCAUCCCCACCUAUGCAUCCCCUGGUCAGGAUGUCAAGUCACCCUUCCUGGCAGACAUGAAGCCCAGCGUUGCCCCUCUGCACCCAUCCUCUUCGGGUAGGUGUCCCUGAUGCCGGUGAGGGGGGCACUUCACAGAGUGAAGUGAUCAGAGAUGAUCUCCAUGCCUCAAGCAGCAUGGUGUGGGCCUCAUUUCUGGCAGCUCUGUGGCCUUUGUCCCU